AUGGCGGAGCCCACGUCCUCUAGAGGACAGACGUAUCCCGUCAUUGAGGGCUACCGACUCGCUCAAGUGAUUGGCGGCGGAGGCUUUUCACGCGUGUUCAAGGCGCUCAAUGCAUCGGCUACAAAGCACAGACUAGCAGCGGUCAAGCUGGUGCACUACGUCGCUCCCUCAUCUCAAUCUACCCGCAAACAACAUCCACCCGAUCGCAGGGCGCUUCAAAAAGAAGUUCAAGUGCACGCUUUGCUGAGACAUGAAAACGUGUUGGAAUUCAUUGCGGCAAAGGAGAUUGGCGUGGGCAAAGAUAGCGCGACGUUGGCUAGGGAGCGGAAUUGGGUCGCGGGACUCUAUAUGGUGUUGGAAUUUGCUGAGGGGGGGGAUCUGUUCGACAAGAUCCCGCCCGACCAAGGUGUCGAAGAAGAUUUGGCCCAUUUCUACUUUAUGCAACUCAUCGCUGCGCUUGAGUACUGCCAUGGUCAAGGCAUCGCUCACCGAGAUGUCAAGCCAGAGAAUCUCUUGCUAGACAGCCAGGGCAACCUGAAGUUGGCCGACUUUGGUCUUUGUGCAGUGUACAAGUACCAAGGCAAGACUCGGGAGCUCAAUGGGCCUUGUGGAAGCUUGCCCUACAUCGCUCCCGAAAUGAAUGGUCUACCGUACAAGGGAGAACCGGUAGAUGUAUGGAGCGCUGGCGCUGUGCUUUUCGCCAUGCUCGUCGGCAAUACUCCAUGGGACGAGCCGACGAAGAGGAGCCCAGAGUACGUCGCGUACCUCUCUGGCGAACUCUUCGACUACGAUCCUUGGCCACGAUUGAGUCCAGAUUCUUUUUCGCUUCUGCAAAAGAUGAUGUGCCCCGAUCCGAGGAAGCGCAUCUCUUUGGCAGAGAUCAAACGGCACAGGUGGUAUCAAAGCAGACCAAACCAAUGGAUUGAGAAUGGCAAAUGCAAAGAUGCGCUCGGACUGGCUGCAGAGCUACUGCACGGCUUAGCGUUGACUGGUGAUUUGGACGUUGCUGAGCUCCACAGCGACGGUAUGAGAGCCAGUGUACCAGACACCGUAUCGUUCUCCCAGCCCGAUCCACAACGGCGGCCCACAUUUUUCGAAAGGAAAUCAGAAGGCGCUGCAGAAGAGGAGGCUCGUCCAUCAUGGCAUGCUUUAAGAGCACCCUCCACUUGUGUGGCACAAUACGCCAGGGAAGAUCCGGAUAAGAAGAUGUAUGCCAUGUCGCAGCAGAUUGAGACUCGAAGGGAAGGACUAAGCAGUACUUUUGAUCCAAGGGCUGGGGGUAGUCAAUUCACCCAAGCUAUGAACCAUUUGACUUCAUGGUCCUCCUUGGCGGCUGGUGCCUCGCGCUUUUCGCCGCAAUUGACGAGGUUCUUUAGCAAGGCGACGGCAGCACAGAUCACGCUGCUUCUAGCCAAAAGGCUGGAUCACGAAAAGAUUUCCUUUCAAGUCGAGCCGGUGGGCAUCGUUCUUGAUGAAGAAGGUGCAGAAGGAUUGCAAGAGUCGACUUUGGCACAUCGAGCACCGCCCGUAGCUGCUGCUGCUGCGCUGCUCGCUGAAUCUAGGGAAGGAGCGGCAGGCAUCAGACGAAGCGAUUCGGGUGCUAUGAAGCUGGACAGAGGAAGUGUGGGAUCUAGAGGAUGCAAGAUUUCUCUUUGGACGCACGAUCGACGCAAGUGCGCCCUGAGAGGAGAGAUUCGAGUGGAAGCUAUUCUUCGAAAGACGGAUGGAGAAGAGAAUGAGGAGAUGGAUAUGGACGAGGAUGCGAUGGAUGAUGGGAUCGCAAAGGCGAUGAUCAUCAUGAGGAGGAGCAAAGGAAGUCCGUUGGAGUGGAGAAGGCUCUUUAGAGCGCUGGCAGGCGAUGAAGAGGUCAGAAAAGUAGUCGUCAGUCCUUGA